AUGGAUGUAAUCUCCGACUUGACAACAGGUAUUUGUAAGGUCCCAGAUAAAGUAAUCUGCCCAGACCUCGGAGAGCUUUCGGCAGGAGAGUCAGAGCAGAGCUCCAACAGCGCAAAGUCUCUGGAAUUCCCUGUUGAAGCGCCUGCAGACAUGGGUCGUCAAGAGGCCGAUUAUGUGUGGAAGAAGAACACUGAAAACAUCCAAGAGAUUUUUGACUUCAUGGAGGAGUUGGGAUCUGGGGCAUUCUCAGAGGUUUACAUGGUGAAGGAGAAGAAGACGGGGAAGACUUUUGCCAUGAAGUGUGUGAAGAAGAAACAGAAGCGGGAUCUCAACCUGGAGAAUGAGAUUGCCGUGCUGAGAAGAAUUAAACAUGAGAAUGUUGUGGGGAUGGAGGAUUUCUAUGAAAGCCGAACACAUUACUAUCUUGUCAUGCAGCUGGUUUCAGGCGGUGAGCUGUUUGACCGCAUCCUGGACCGGGGAGUGUACUCAGAGAAGGAUGCCAGCAGUGUGAUUCAGCAGGUGCUGCAGGCCGUCAGCUAUCUGCACCAAAAUGGCAUAGUGCAUCGUGACCUCAAGCCCGAGAACAUCCUGUACUACAGCCAGGACGAAAACUCCAAGAUCAUGAUCAGUGAUUUCGGCCUGUCAAAGGUGGUAGACAACGGCAUCAUGUCGACAGCCUGUGGCACCCCAGGAUAUGUAGCUCCAGAAGUUUUGGCACAGAAGCCCUACAGCAACGCCGUUGACUGCUGGUCUAUUGGAGUUAUCACCUACAUCUUGCUCUGCGGUUAUCCCCCUUUUUACGAAGAGAGCGAGACGCGACUCUUCUCCAAGAUCAUGAAGGCGCAGUACGAGUUUGACUCGCCAUUCUGGGACGACAUCUCUGAAUCUGCUAAGGAUUUUAUACGCAACAUGAUGCAGAAGAAUCCCAAGAUGCGUUACACUACAGAUCAAGCGCUCAGACAUCCAUGGAUUAUUGGAAAGACGGCCCGGAGCCAGGACAUCUACUAUUCUGUCAGCAUUCAGAUUCAAAAGAAUUUUGCCAAGUCCAAGUGGAAGCAAGCCUACAAUGCUGCUGUUGCUAUCAACCACAUGAAGAAGCUGCAGCUGGCCCACUCAGAGCAGGUCCUGAGGCAGGCCAGUAUCCCCGACAUAAGGGUCAUCGAUGUGUCCUCCCCGACGAAAAACCGCAAACAUCUUGAUCCAGACAAGCUCGAGCCCAAAGUGCCAGAGGUCAGCAAGAAUGUACAGGGGACACAUCACAUAUCCCUGCCCCCAAGCCAUGCUGAACUGAAGAGCCAUUCCCACCCACUGAAGACCAGUCAGAGCCAGUGCAAUUCACACCACGCACCUACGAUAGCUGAGCAAGGAAAGCAUGUGUACCACUCAGAGCCUGCCAACCUGAACGGAUAUGGCAAAAACAAGAAUGGCAAGACUAUAACCGGUGUUUGCGCCAUCAUGUGAAGCCUGUAUGGAGGUUUACGUGGAAAAAAAAACAUUUUACUUGGUCAGUGUUGCUGUUUUGACCCAGCAUGCAGCUGGUUUGCGUCAGCAGCUCCCAGGUGCUGAGAAUGAGAAGUGGUUGAUUCAAACGGUGUGGGAGAGCCACAAUCUGAGUGGGACGUUUUAUUUUGGAGAGAGUGCCUAUGAAGCUUCCCAAAAACCCCACACCAGAGCACACAAACCACAAUGAAACUCAUACGCUGAGAUGCAUGAGACACAUUGGAUAUCGUGGGCUCACUUGCAGCUGAACGUCCAUGUUGUUUAUGGUGAAGUUCUUCCUGACUCCUGGUUUUUGAUCAGGCAGCAAUCAGAUCAUCAGAACACUUUGUGUACAUGAUUACAUGUUUAAAAUAAUACACACAAUGACAUCAAAUUACUGUACUUGAUCAUGUGUAAAGCACUAUCCUAUAGCCAAUAUGCAUUUAUAAGCACACUAGAAUAUAUCUGAAAGAAAUCUGCAUGUUUACUGCAUCCGUUAAGCCAUACUGGUAUAAUUUAUUCUUGUAAAGUUGUCUCAUAUUUUUGUUACUUUCUUCGUGCUUCAUUUAUUUAUUUUUUAACUUUGCUUGUUUUGUUUUUUUUUAAGAAUAACAUAGAGCAGAUCGAACACAAGUUAAAAAUAAAAACAAAGACAUAAUAAUGUAUAUUUAAACAAACCUAUCAUUAACAGUGUAAAUGCCACAAGUAUAUUCAUUACAUGCCAUGAACUCUACUACAUUCAGGUAAAGUCUGUUGUUAUAAAAGUUUAUUCACUCAUUGUAAGUGGUUUACUUUGGGCAGUCUGCUUUUUGUCUCUGUGUGUGGCUGUGUAAUGCUGCAUUUAACCAUAUUGAUGUUAUAUAUGUAUUACACUGGGAUUCCUGUAUACUCAAAAAUAAAGGAUCUGCAAUUGUUU